GUGCGGCCGUGGCCUGAUGGGCCAUUUCCAUCAAAGCCCACGUAGUCUCGGCCGGCCUGGGCCUUGUAAACGCUGCCUGCUUGAUGUUUUUUUUUUCCGUGGCUUGGAGAGAUUGGAUGAGGCGCGCCGCGCGCGUGGUCGACGGCGAGACGACGCAGGCAGCUGAGACGCCCUCGCCCUCGUGACGGUGGCCUCGCCCUCGCGGCGGCGGAUUAGUGGACAGCGUCGCAGGACAGGGGGCCCCGGCGAGGCGGCGACCUCGGAGCUCGCACCGGCCGGCGGGCUGUGGCGUCCAUCGCCCGGCGCUCCGUGUCUUCCCAGUGCGGCGCUGCAGGACGGGAGCGCAGCGACCAGCAGGCAGCGACGCUGACCACUGGUGUGAAAUCCGGUGGCCAACGGGACUUGAGCGCGCGCGACCUGUUCGACAAAUUGCCCUAACCGAGCUGGUCUCCUCGUGCUGUAUCAAUGGCGUUGCUAGGGGCCACCCUCGGCCGGCCACCAUUGCCGUGUCCCUCCACCUCCAGCUCCCUGCCAUUCACGACUAAUUGCUUCGAGUUCCCUCUUCGACGGCACCCAGGCGUGGUGGCACGCCGGCGCGGAGCGUACCCGAGGAUCGAGGCCACAGCGAGGCACGGCACGCGCAAGGAGAACGCCAAGGUCAGGAACCGCCGGCUGCAGAAAAAGUACAACGGCACGGCGAAGAAGCCCAGGAUGUCCGUCUUCUGCUCCAACAGGCAGCUCUACGCCAUGCUCGUCGACGACCACGGCAAGAAGAUCCUCUUCUACGCCAGCACCCUGCAGGAGGAAAUCCGCGGCGACCCUCCAUGCACCACCGUGGAGGCCUCUCGGAGGGUCGGGGAGGAGCUCGUCAAGGCCUGCAAGGAGCUGGACAUCUCCGAGGUUUCGUGCUACGACCGCAACGGGUUCGCUCGAGGGGAGAAGAUGAUGGCGUUCGAGGAUCCCGUCGCGCAGCACGGGUUCCUGCCCAGAUAGCAAAACUGUGAUAUGCUUGGGAGGCCUGCACCGGCUGCUCGGCGUAGAAUAUUAUUUAGUGAAGAGUAGGAGUGUAGCCUGUAGGGCAUAUGACUCAUAUUUGCCCUGUGAAUUGCUUGAUGUAUGAUUCAGGGCAUAUGGUUCAUACUUGGUAUUUCGCAGCAUGUUAUUAAGCCAGACAAUUAUCACUAACAACCAUAAAAUGUUUCUCCACUGUCA